AGGAUUUUGCACCGGCUUUCCAGCAGUAGAGCGUGCCCUUCCAGCCAUGCAGCUGCUUUGCGUUGCCGCCGUGGUUGCUCUGCUGGCGCGCUUCACCUCGGAGGCUUUCGUGCCCGUGGGCUUCCACGUGGCUCAGCGGCCGGCCGCGGGCGCCUCGCACUCCGAAAGGGGCUUCGCCGGCCUGGCGGGCCUGGCGGGGGCUGCGGCCGUGGCCGGCGCCGCCGCCGGCGUGACGCAGAAGCGCGCGCUGCUGGCCCGGCGCUCCCACGCGGUGAAGAUCUACGACACCUGCAUUGGCUGCACCCUCUGCGUCCGUGCCUGCCCCACGGACGUCCUGGAGAUGGUGCCCGCGACCGUGAACGCGGCCAAGCAGGUGGCAUCCUCACCCCGCGUGGAGGAUUGCGUUGGGUGCAAGAGGUGCGAAACCGCCUGCCCCACGGACUUCCUGAGCAUCCGCGUCUACCUGCAGGAGAACGAGGAGACGCAGUACAGCUUGGGCCUGGACCUGGCAGACUGGUCCUGAGCGUAGCCUGAGCGUCGCUCCGAAGCUGGUUGCUGCAAGCCGUGUUUUUGAGGGGGGGGCCGCUCCACGAAUCCCGGGAGCUGGCCAAAGCCAAAACCCCUUGGGAUGGUCCCGGCAUGCGCUGGCAGCCAUCG